GCGUGAGUUUGUUCGCUCUUUCUGUCAGUCCGGCACUCCUGCAAGGAGGGGGUCAAAGUAACGGGGACAGACUUCUUGGUACAGAGAGCAACAAGAGCAAAAGACAAAACACGAAACAAAAAGCACGGAUAGACACCUUUGGCUAAAGCCUAUCUCACUCCUGAAGAUCCUUCAGCCCUAACAGGAUGGAGGACGCCCACACCAAGACGCCCGAGGAAGUUGUGGCCUUCUUCGGGGUCCACGAGACCAGUGGUCUUACCCCUGAUCAGGUCAAGAAGAACCUGGCCAAGUACGGCCACAAUGAGCUGCCAGCUGAGGAGGGAAAGUCUCUUUGGGAGUUGGUGAUUGAGCAGUUUGAGGACCUGUUGGUCCGAAUCCUGCUACUUGCUGCCUGCAUCUCUUUUGUGCUGGCUUGGUUUGAGGAAGGUGAGGAGACUGUCACAGCCUUCGUUGAGCCUUUCGUCAUUCUGCUCAUUCUCAUUGCCAAUGCUGUUGUUGGAGUGUGGCAGGAGCGUAAUGCCGAGAGCGCCAUUGAGGCUCUGAAGGAGUAUGAGCCUGAGAUGGGCAAAGUCUACCGAUCUGACAGAAAGAGCGUGCAGAGGAUCAAGGCCAGGGAGAUCGUCCCUGGUGACAUCGUGGAGGUGUCUGUUGGUGACAAAGUCCCCGCUGACAUCAGGAUUACUGCUAUCCGUUCCACCACCCUGCGUGUCGACCAGUCUAUCCUUACCGGUGAGUCUGUUAGUGUGAUCAAGCACACAGAGCCUGUCCCCGACCCCAGAGCCGUCAACCAGGACAAGAAGAACAUGCUUUUCUCUGGCACCAACAUUGCUGCCGGAAAGGCUAUUGGUGUUUGCAUUGCCACUGGCGUCUCCACUGAGAUCGGCAAGAUUCGUGACCAGAUGGUUGCCACCGAGCAGGAGAAGACUCCCCUGCAGCAGAAGCUGGAUGAGUUUGGCGAGCAGCUCUCCAAAGUCAUCUCCCUUAUCUGCGUUGCUGUGUGGAUGAUCAACAUCGGCCACUUUAACGAUCCCGUCCAUGGUGGAUCAUGGAUCCGUGGAGCUGUGUACUACUUCAAGAUUGCCGUCGCCUUGGCUGUCGCUGCCAUCCCUGAGGGUCUGCCCGCUGUCAUCACCACCUGUCUGGCUCUGGGUACCCGCCGUAUGGCCAAAAAGAACGCCAUUGUCCGCUCUCUGCCCUCUGUGGAGACUCUGGGCUGCACCUCCGUCAUCUGCUCAGACAAGACUGGUACCCUCACCACCAACCAGAUGUGUGUGACAAAAAUGUUCAUCAUUGACAGAGUGGAGGGUGAUCACGUUAACCUGGAAUGCUUCGACGUCUCUGGCUCCAAAUACACCCCUGAGGGCGAGGUUACCAAGGGCGGUGCUAAGGUUGACUGCAGUCAGUAUGAUGGUCUGGUUGAGCUGGCCACCAUCUGUGCCCUGUGCAAUGACUCUUCCCUUGACUACAACGAAUCUAAGAAGAUCUAUGAGAAGGUCGGUGAGGCAACUGAGACUGCCCUCUGCUGCCUUGUUGAGAAGAUGAAUGUGUUCAAGACCAGUGUUCGCAACCUGAGCAGUGUUGAGAGAGCCAAUGCCUGCUGCAGUGUCAUUAAGCAGCUGAUGAAGAAGAACUUCACCCUGGAGUUCUCCCGUGACAGGAAGUCCAUGUCUGUGUACUGCACCCCAUCCAAAGGCGAUAGCGGCAGCAAGAUGUUUGUGAAGGGUGCCCCCGAAGGUGUGAUUGACAGGUGUGCCUAUGUGCGUGUUGGUGCUACCCGUGUGCCCCUGACUGGCCCCGUCAAAGAGAAAAUCAUGGCCAUCAUUAAGGAGUGGGGUACCGGCCGUGACACUCUCCGUUGCCUGGCCCUGGCCACCCGUGACACUCCACUGAAGGUUGAGGAGAUGAACCUGGAUGACUCCACCAAAUUCGCUGACUACGAGACUGACCUGACCUUUGUUGGCUGUGUGGGUAUGCUGGAUCCCCCUCGUAAAGAGGUCACAGGCUCCAUUCAGCUCUGCAGGGAUGCUGGCAUCCGUGUCAUCAUGAUCACUGGUGACAACAAGGGUACCGCUGUUGCUAUCUGCCGUCGUAUUGGUAUCUUUGGUGAGGAUGAGGAUGUGACUGGCAGGGCUUACACCGGCCGUGAGUUUGAUGACUUGUCCCGUACCGAGCAGAGUGAAGCCGUGACCCGGGCUCGCUGCUACGCCCGUGUCGAGCCUUCCCACAAGUCCAAGAUUGUUGAGUUCCUGCAGGGCUAUGAUGAGAUCACUGCCAUGACCGGUGAUGGUGUGAAUGAUGCCCCCGCUUUGAAGAAAGCGGAGAUUGGCAUUGCCAUGGGCUCUGGCACUGCCGUUGCCAAGUCAGCCUCUGAGAUGGUCCUGGCCGACGACAACUUCUCUUCCAUUGUGGCCGCUGUUGAGGAAGGUAGAGCUAUCUACAACAACAUGAAGCAGUUCAUCCGCUACCUCAUCUCCUCCAAUGUUGGAGAGGUCGUUUGUAUCUUCCUGACUGCUGCUCUUGGUCUGCCUGAGGCUCUGAUCCCAGUGCAGCUGCUGUGGGUGAACCUGGUUACUGAUGGUCUUCCUGCCACCGCCCUGGGCUUCAACCCCCCUGAUCUAGACAUCAUGGGCAAGCCACCCCGCUCUCCCAAGGAGCCCCUCAUCUCUGGAUGGCUCUUCUUCAGAUACCUGGCCAUUGGUGGAUAUGUCGGUGCUGCCACUGUCGGUGCUGCUGCCUACUGGUUCCUGUAUGAUGAUGAGGGCCCACACGUGACCUACUACCAGCUGUCUCACUUCAUGCAGUGCCACGAUGAGAAUGAGGACUUCACCGGCGUUGAGUGUGAGGUGUUUGAGGCUGCUCCUCCCAUGACCAUGGCCCUGUCUGUGCUGGUGACCAUCGAGAUGUGCAACGCCCUUAACAGCUUGUCUGAGAACCAGUCUCUGGUUCGCAUGCCCCCAUGGAGCAACGGCUGGCUGUUGGCCGCCAUGACCCUCUCCAUGUCCCUGCACUUCCUUAUCAUUUAUGUGGACCCCUUGCCCAUGAUCUUCAAGCUGACUCACUUGAAUGUGGAACAGUGGAUGGUGGUGCUCAAACUCUCUAUCCCUGUCAUCCUCCUGGAUGAGGUGCUGAAGUUCGUCGCCCGCAACUACCUGGAGGCCUAAGAAAGUUCCCUCCUUCAGUUACCAAGUAACAAAAGCAAAGGUAAAGAAAUCUAGACACAAUGGAGUGAAGAGGAGCAAGAGGAGGAGACAAUGAGAAAAAGAAGAGGAGGAGGAGGCAAGGGAUCACUUUGAGUCCGAGAGGAGCUCCAUGGAGUCCAUCGGAGUGGAGAGAGAGAGAGAGGACGUAACACACAGGAAAAUCACGAAAAAAUCUACAAAACUGACUGAAAGAAUAAAAAAAAAAAAUAAAAAAACUGUAUGGAAAGAUUAAAUUAAUAUAUAGGUAAAUGGUUCCAAAUUAGUGCUUGAAUGAUGAGUAAUUUUAUUCUUAAAGUUGAUAAUAAAUGUAUUAAAAGUUACAUUUUUUGUUAAACUUGUA